AGAGAAUGCCAUGCUGGAAUACCUGAAGAUUGCCCAAGAUCUGGAGAUGUAUGGAAUCAACUACUUUGAAAUCAAGAAUAAGAAAGGAACUGACCUUUGGUUGGGGGUCGAUGCUUUGGGGCUCAACAUCUAUGAAAAGGACGAUAAACUAACCCCGAAGAUUGGGUUCCCCUGGAGCGAAAUCAGAAAUAUCUCUUUCAAUGACAAGAAGUUUGUUAUAAAGCCUAUUGACAAGAAGGCACCAGACUUUGUGUUUUAUGCCCCUCGCCUGAGAAUUAACAAGAGGAUCCUGCAGCUCUGCAUGGGCAACCAUGAGCUGUACAUGCGGCGCAGGAAGCCCGACACAAUUGAGGUGCAGCAGAUGAAAGCCCAGGCCCGGGAGGAGAAGCACCAGAAACAACUGGAAAGGAAACAACUAGAAGAUGAAAAGAAGAGGAGAGAGACAAUUGAGAGGGAGAAAGAGCAAAUGCUGAGGGAGAAGGAGGAGCUGCUGGUGAGGCUACAAGAGUAUGAAGUGAAGACUCAGAAAGCAGAGAAAGAGCUGUCAGAUCAGAUCCAAAGAGCCAUUCAGCUGGAAGAGGAGAGGAAACGGGCCCAGGAGGAGGCAGAACGCCUGGAAGCUGAACGUUUGGCAGCUCUGCAGGCCAAGGAAGAGCUGGAGAGACAAACUAUGGACCAGAUAAAGAGCCAGGAACAGCUGGCUACAGAGCUUGCAGAGUAUACAGCCAAGAUAGCACUUCUUGAAGAGGCAAGGAAGCGUAAAGAGAGUGAGGUUGAAGAGUGGCAAAUCAGAGCCAGGGAAGCACAGGAGGAUCUGGUAAAGACCAAGGAGGAGUUACACCUGGUAAUGACUGCUCCACCUCCACCGCCACCCCCUGUCUAUGAGCCAGUGAAUUACCACGUCCAUGACAACUUGCAAGAUGAGGGCUCAGAGUACUCAGCCUACAGCGCCGAGUUCUCCAGCGAGGGCAUCAGGAACGACCGCAACGAGGAGAAGCGCAUUACCGAGGCAGAGAAGAAUGCACGAGUGCAGAGCCAGCUGAGGGCGCUGACAGAUGAGCUGGCCCAGGCUCGCCAUGAGGACAAGAGGACCCAAAACGAUAUCAUCCACUCGGAGAACAUGCGCCAGGGACGGGACAAGUACAAGACACUGAGGCAGAUCCGGCAAGGCAACACCAAGCAGAGAAUCGAUGAGUUUGAGGCAAUGUAAAGAUACUUGUAAGAAAAGAGGACUGUGGGAAAGGCAGAUCUUAAUGCUGUGUUCUUGUUUUGGGGUUUUUGUUGUAUUGGUUUUUUGGUUUGUUUUUUUUUUCUCUGAGGAGGGGUCACUGUAUGACACUUAACCAAUGUUCUCUAAACCCAGAGGUGUUUGAAUCUCCCUUUUAUUCUGAACCUGCUGUGAAAUUUGGUAUAGUUUAAAACUUAUUGUACCACAGAUCCUGGUAACUUGCUCAUGCCUUUACUUAGUGCCAAAAGGCCUUAUGUCACAUCUCUCUUUAAGCAAGACAAAUUUUAACAGGCCGUGCUUCUAUUUAAAGAUGCGUGUCCUGUGCAGGUGCUGGAUUCAGCCUGGUCUAAAAGAUAAGCAUCUGUGGGUGAAUUUUGUGCCAUAUGUCUUUGCAUUAUUAACUACAGUGUAAAGUGUAACAGCUGCGAAGACCGGUUGUGGAACUCAGGAUUUUCAAGCACCUGUGUGUUGUACAUCCACACAGAGGUGCUUGUAGAUCCUGUUUUUCCCUUGGUCUUGAUGCCCAUGUUCCCCCUUCCCUUCCCCCACCCCCACACAAAAGAACUGACAACACCUCAGAACUUCUUUGUGUAGAAAUUAGAUAUUUUCUAGUUGCUGCUCUCACCUGGAGAAAUGGUGCAGUGAUGGCUCAGAAGUGGCAUAGGGACACUGAUACCCUCUUCAUGUAACAAGUAGCAAAUACUCCUGGAAUCUACGACACCACUGUGUUUGCAUUCCAGCUUCAUUACUGAUCAGUUGUAGUGUAGUAUUUAUAAAUAUAUAUAUAAAACAUGCAAUAUGUGAAUUGCAGUACUAGUUAAAGGGAAAUAGUUUUGCUCUGUAUAUUUUGUUACUUUUCAGAUUUAAUAAGACUUGCAUCUGUAAAAAUGCCUGAACAAGACUGUAGUCUGAUACAGUGCAGCUGAUUAUUUACUAUAAAGCAUUAUUUGUAAAGAUCAUUUUUUUUACUUAAUGAAAACUGUUAUAUGUACACAUGAUCCAAUAUAUACAAUUUUACUGCACCUAUUUUUCUAACAAAUUUUCUAAUUUUUUUAAAUGUUUGAUUUAAAGUUUCAGACUCCAAAGAUGAAGGGACUGCUUGUUUAUAUCACAGUUGUAUUCUCUCUAGUGGAGAGCAUUUCUGUGACCAUCCUUCCCCCACUCUACCCUUUUUUCCUUGAAAAUCUGUUAGAAAGUGAGAUACAGUAUGUUGUCACCUCUUCAUUUACAAUUUCUAUGCUGCGUUAUACUUGAGUUGAAUCUUGUGUGGGGUUUUUUUAUUUGCAGCAGCAACCAUCUAAA